GAAGGCAGGAGAAAAGCCCAAGUCAGACAAAUGUGAGUCAAACAUGGUACCAUAUGACGAAUUGAAAAUACAAAUCUUAAUUGAAACUUGUUCUGGUAACAAAUGGUUCCAAUCAAGAACCCGCUUCACUUCCGGGAGAAAUUUCAUCAACCUUUGUCGCCUAAGAACCAACUCCCUCAUGUGUCGCGAACUUUACACUAGAGGAAAAAGAGAGGAGCUACGCCUAUGCAGAGCUAACUGCCUGAAGGUGGAAUCCCUCUCACACAUCCCACAAGGAUGUCUCUCUUCAACACUCUGGUUCAGGGUAACCCGUCACAAUAGACUACUCUCGAUGGUGAGCGAUGAAUUCACAUCUCUAGGCUACCAGGUCAUCACCGAGCCACGUGUUAUGAUACAUGGUGAGCUCCGCAAACCAGACCUACUUCUCAUUAAAAACAACUCGGUCACAGUUUGUGACCUCACUGUCGGCUGGGAAUCACCAACCACACUCAAUGAGAGACACACAGCUAAAGCCUGCAUAUUCCCAACACUUUCAAGCAAUUGCUCUAAGCAGCCGUGGUGGAAUCUCCUCUCUCUGCUACACAUUCGUCAAAGAUACUGGAUGGGACCGAAAGGCCCUAGCCCUACUAUGCCCAAUGAGGUGAUGCUCCAGGGUGGAAAACGAACGGUGCUGAGCGACAAGCCCCUCAAUCCCCAGUGGACUGGGGGAGAUGGCCACUCACAGCCUAAGGCAUGUGGGACUGGGGUCUCCCAGCCUCUGUGCCGAGGGAGAGGGGAUACGGUCACCGGAAAAGUGAUGGUCACGGUGGGAUCGUAUACGGGCCCACCCAAACGGAACAAUUUCAUAAUGAUGAACACAGGCCUAGCCUCGGAUUGGUUUGGAUCUGAUGAUGACUCAUGCUUGAAUAUUGGAGCCCCAGGUCCUACAGGGGGGACGGACCUGGCGGCAAAUGCUCCCCCCACACCCUCAAUUCCUGUAGUGGAAGGAGGCACGGUGGUCUUGGGCUACCCGCUCAAAGUACCUUUAUCUUGCAGCAUAUGUUCUGCAUUGCUGCUGGGACGGGCCGGCUUGGAGAGUCAUUUCACAAGUCAUGGAGUAGCGGCUGUCGAGUACUUCUGCAUGAGAUGUGGUAGGAAAGACUUUCCGCGAUACCAUUCCUGUGCGUGCCACUACGCCAAGUGUAACCCGAAGGUGAUUCCUAAGGAGCCUGAUCUUCUCUACCGUUGUGAAGUGUGUAGACGCCAGUUCGCCACGUCACGUGGACUCGGCCAGCAUGAACGGCAUCAGCACCCAACUGUGCGGAAUGAGAAGAGACAGGCGGGCACAACCAAAGCCGCUAGGCUCCCAAGGGGGUAUUGGUCGGAUGUGGAACUCCUGAUCCUUUGGGAAAUGGAGGAAAGCCUCUCUGGCGACCCAAGGUUAAACCAGCUUAUUGCUGAGAAUUUGCACCAGGUUGGAUCUUGGACGAUGAACCUAUUAACAUCAUUCAAUCGUCCUGUUCCAUCAUCUUCCCAAUAUCUGAAUCUGAGGCUCUUAAGAACACCCCCUACCGGGCCCGGCCCUGAAGGACUCAUAAUCGCAAAGCUAAAAGAGUUUGACGUACAUUCUUUAUCAGCUUUACUAAACAUAUUCCUAUGGGUCAAAGACAUUUCCGUCUCCCCAAAAAUCUCGAAGACUGUCCUAAUCCCUAAAGCUGGUGACCUCUCCAAAGCCAGCAAUUGGAAGCCGAUCACCAUUUCUUCGGCCCUAAUACGGCUGCUUCAUAAAAUCUUGGCCAAACGCCUAUCCCUCUCAAUUCAAGAGAAAUUAUCACCAACACAACGAGCUUUCCUUCCUGUUGAUGGAACAAGAGUCAAUACUUUCCUUCUUGAUGCUAUAAUUGAUAGGGCUAGACGCUGCCACAGAGAAAUACACUGUGUAUCAUUAGACAUCGCCAAAGCCUUUGAUUCAGUAUCUCAUUUUUCCAUCCGCCGUUGUCUACAACGCUUUGGCUUCAACGACACCACCCAAUAUAUCAUGUCUCGCUACAGGGCAAACUUUUUGAACAAACGUAACUUAACUCCUAAAGUGGAGAAAUGUUCUUCAAUAUCUUUGGUUCCCGAAAAGAAAACGAGAAAGAUCAAAGUUCUCACAGAACCAACCUUCUCCUUAAAUAACCAAUUCAUACCCAACAUUUACAUCUCACAAUCAUUUAAAUAUAUGGGCAUUUACUUCAAUCACCAUGGAAAGAUGACCCCUAACACCUCCAACUUCCAUAUUCUCCUUGAGCGGUUAUUUUCUACCCUACUUAAACCUCAACAGAAAAUCUUUGUCUUGAGGAUGUUUGCAAUACCCAGGCCCUUGCAUCAACUAUCUCUAGGAAGAUACACAUCUGGCCUCCUUAAAUCUUUAGAUUGUAAAAUCAGAGGCUUCGUUAAAGGCACUCUAAGGCUUCCAACUUCAACUGCCAGUGCAGUAUUAUAUGCUCGCGUUAGGGAUGGGGGACUAUCCAUACCAUUAAUUAAAAUUGCUGAUCUUGAUGACCCUCCAGCACAAGCCUUCGCAUCCUCAACCCAAAGCCGUAUGAUACGGAAACGCUGUGGAUCUCCAUCCUCCAGUUGGAUGCAACGACGUAAGUGGAAACUACAACUCCACUUCUCCAUAAACUGCCACGGUCUUGAAGAAAAUGUAAAAUCACCAGGUAACACAUGGUUCAGUAAAGGAACCAAAUUCACAAGUGGGCGAACCUACAUAAACUUAUGUAGACUUCGUACCAACUUACUUAUAUGCCGCGAGCUCAACAGUAGAGGAACACUCGAAGGUAUCCGGACCUGUGAAGUCGGGUGCUCUAGGACUGAAUCGCUAUCACACCAAGGAUGUCCGGCAACCCACUGGUCGCGUAUUACACGCCACAAUCGUUUUCUCGACCUCGUUGUCGAUAGACUAAGUUCCCUUGGCUUCAGUAUUCUGUACGAACCAAGAAUCACCAUUAAUGGGGAACUUCGUAAACCAGAUCUGAUCUUAGUUCAAGACCAAAAUGUUACCAUCUGUGAUUUAACCGUGGGUUGGGAAACCCCAACCAGUCUAGAUGAUCGCCACACUCAAAAGGUGGACUACUAUGGCAACCAAGCCAUUGCCCUCAGCUCCAGAGGUGGAAUUUCACCCUUAAGCAACACCUUCCUCCAGAGCUGUGGACUAACGGAAAAA